AUGGCAGAACACCUCAAGAAACACCAGCGGAAACCCACAGGGAAGAAAUCUCACUGCUGCUCUGACUGUGGGAAGAGUUACUCAAGAUCAGAUUCACUACAACUACACCUAAGAAUACACACAGGAGAUAAUUCUCACUGCUGCUCUGACUGUGGGAAGAGAUUCACCUCUUCAGCAGACCUUAAAACACAUCUGAGAAUCCAUACAGGAGAGAAACCUUAUAGCUGUGAUCAAUGUGGGAAGAGUUUUACUCACUCAAGCUGCCUAAAAGAACAUUUGAAAACGCACACUGGAGAGAAACCUUAUAGCUGUGAUCAAUGCAGGAAGAGUUUUAGUGCAUCAAGCAACCUGAUGGCACAUUUGAGAACGCACACUGGAGAGAAACCUUAUAGCUGUGAUCAAUGUGGGAAGAAUUUUAGUCGAUCAAGCAUCCUGGUGGUACAUUUGAGAACGCACACUGGAGAGAAACCUUAUAGCUGUGAUCAAUGUGGGAAGAGUUUUAGUGAUUCAAGCAGCCUGAAGGUACAUCAGAGAACACACACUGGAGAGAAACCUUUCCACUGCUCUGACUGUGGAAAGAGUUUUGUUUCAUCAGGGUGUUUAAAAUCACACCAGAGAAUACACACAGGAGAGAAAUCUCACUGCUGCUCUGACUGUGGGAAGAGUUUAAGUGAUUCAAGGAACCUGAUGGAACAUUUGAGAACGCACACUGGAGAGAAACCUUAUAGCUGUGAUCAAUGUGGCAAGAGAUACGCUGGUAAAAGAACUCUGAUUAAACAUCAGAAAGUACAUACAUGAAGGAGUUGUUUCAUGAUAUCAAUUAAAUAAUGUCACAAUGUUUUAA